ACCCAUCAAAGGCUGAAACUACCAGUCCUACAGCCCUCCUCCACUACUGGCUCCUCAAAAUCUAUAUAUAUACCAUUGCAACCCUGUACUGCCCGUAGACCUCCUCGACUUCCUCUGCUGCUGUUCUUGUGAAGAAAUGGGUGACUCAGAUCACAUCUCUGACCACCGUAAUAAUGAGGAUGCAAAAGAUGUUCCCAAUCAGGAACCCAAGCUGGAGUUCUCUGAGGAUGAAGAACAACUCAUAGCCAGAAUGUUUAACUUGGUUGGAAAGAGGUGGCCUUUAAUAGCUGGGAGAAUCCCAGGAAGAACUGCAGAAGAGAUCCAAAAGUAUUGGACUUCAAAGCAAUCCUCGUCGAGGAAAUAGCUAGCUAGCUAGCUAGCUUGUGAAUUGUGAUGCGCAGUCUUGAAAUUGGUUGUUCUAAAUAGAAAAUUUGCCAGGAGUGCUUUUAGUCAAUACAUAUGUGAAAGGCACCUCUCGUCAUGCUUUUUCUGAUUAAUGUAAAUUUGCAUAGAUGCAUUUUGGGGGACAUGUUUUCGGGCAAUUGUAAGUUUUCAACUCCAUGAUUGCAUAGAUUUAUGUACUGGUUUUUUCUUGUGGAACCCAAUAGAUUUUUUUUUUUGUUUGGAAUUGAGCUUAUGAAUUUCUGC